GCCAUUUUCUCCUUCCAUUUUCUCGGCGAGGAGGAGGGGGAAGAGCUAGGAUGCCGGCGUGGUGGAAGAGGGGGAAGGGGAAGAAGGGGAAAGGGGGAUCGGCGGCGGCGGGGGAGGAGGAGGAGGGGAGGAGGAAGGCGGGGAGCUUCGACGAGGCGCUCCUAGCCGGGAAGCAGAGUCGGGAGGAGAAGGAGGUGGUGGUGGUCGGGCACCCGCUGCCGCGGCCGGCGUCGCUGCCGGCGCCGUCGGCGGCGUCCUCGUCCGCGGCCGGGUCCGCCUCGGCGUCCAGCGCCGGCAGCUCCUCGCUCGGCUCGUCGGCGGCGUCCGACGAGCCGCCGGAUCUCGGGACUUACAGGGUGCCAGAUGCAAGCUAUGUGCUUCCAGGCAGAACGCUGGCUAUUGAUUCUCGGAGACAAAAUCUUGCGGUUGAAGAAGGACGCUUUUUCGCAAACAACCAGGGUUUGGAGCAUCCCAGGUUGUCUGAAACUUCAGUUUCUCCAAGGAAAGAAUCUUACCUUCACAAUUUGGAUCUUUCAAACGAUCGAACUGCGUAUUGCCAUGGUCGGAAAUCAACGGAGAUUGUGUUCAGUACAAGAGUGCCAAUCUCUCCCCCUGGCUCAAAAGGCCAAAUUCCCUGUCCGACCUCCCCUGUGCAAUCAAGAGCAUUCGGGCAAUGCCCAGGAUCCCCCACUGCUCGGCAGGAUGAUUCACGAAGCUCAAGCUCACCUCACCCUCUUCCUCGUCCUCCGGGCUCCCCAUGCUCAUCAUCACGUGUCGUCAGUUCACAGUGGAAGAAGGGCAAGUUGUUAGGCAGUGGUACAUUUGGGCAAGUAUACCAAGGAUUUAACAGUGAAGGUGGCCAAAUGUGUGCAAUUAAAGAGGUCAAGGUUAUUUCUGAUGAUUCUAACUCGAAAGAGUGUCUCAGGCAGCUACAUCAGGAAAUUGUGCUUCUGAGUCAGUUGUCACAUCCAAAUAUUGUGCAGUACUAUGGCAGUGAUCUGUCUAGUGAGACGCUUUCAGUCUAUCUCGAGUAUGUUUCUGGGGGCUCUAUCCAUAAGUUGCUUCAAGAGUAUGGUGCAUUUGGGGAGGCAGUCCUUCGGAAUUACACAGCACAAAUUCUUUCUGGCCUUGCAUAUUUGCAUGGGCGGAAUACAGUGCAUAGGGAUAUCAAAGGGGCCAACAUACUUGUAGAUCCUAAUGGUGACAUCAAACUUGCUGAUUUUGGGAUGGCCAAGCAUAUAUCAGCGCACACAUCUAUCAAGUCCUUCAAAGGAAGCCCUUACUGGAUGGCGCCUGAGGUUAUUAUGAAUACCAAUGGCUACAGUCUUUCGGUCGAUAUUUGGAGCCUUGGCUGCACCAUUAUUGAGAUGGCAACCGCAAGACCUCCUUGGAUUCAGUAUGAAGGGGUGGCUGCAAUAUUUAAAAUUGGCAACAGCAAAGACAUACCCGAUAUUCCAGAUCAUCUUUCUUUUGAGGCAAAGAACUUUUUGAAACUUUGCUUGCAGCGUGACCCUGCAGCCCGCCCUACUGCUGCUCAGCUAAUGGAGCAUCCUUUUGUCAAGGACCUAGUUGCAAACAGAAGCUUCAGGUCUGGCAUGACAAGGGACACGUUUCCAACUUCCUUUGAUGGAAAAGGCGCCAUGGUACAGACAAGCAACAGAAGCUUAUCUCCUCUACGAGAUCCAGACCUGACGAUGAGAAACUUACAAGUACCAACAUCUGCCAUUCCUUCGAUUUCAACUCGCAGGAUCUCUGCCAUCAACCCAUCCAAUGUGCGUAUGAACAUGUCCCUGCCCGUGUCACCUUGCUCUAGCCCAUUACGGCAGUACCGGCAGUCGAAUCGGAGUUGCAUGCCGUCGCCUCCUCAUCCAGCCUAUUCAGCUGGAGCAGCUAACUACAGCCCUAUCAACAAUGCACUCUACCCAAAAAGACCAAGCAACCAUGUUCCAGAUCCAUGGCUCGAAAUCUCUCAACUGAAAGCACCACCAUUUGAUUCUCCAAGAAGAUUGUAGAAAACCCAAACACACUUUGUAUACAGGAAUGAAAGAUGUUCCAUAAGUUAGAAGACCAAAGGGGGUUCCUUUUUUUCUGUUUCACCCUUUCUGUAUGUAUCUUUUUCCCCUCAGGAUGCAGUUGCAUCGCCAUUGUACAAAUGCACAAAAUGAGUUCAGUGAAAAGAAGUAGCAUUCCAGAUUUCACC